AUGACGCCCUCCGGGCGCACAGAGCUUGUGGCGCUGCUCUUUGUUGUCGUGGCGGCAAGCGGCGCUGUGCCCGCGCUGGCCAGCGCUGCAGAUGGCAAGCCGUACUGCACGUGGAGUGGCUUUGUCAGCAUCCCCUACGUCCCCAAUGCCAACAUUGAAUUGAUAGAGGGGCUGCUGCCCCAGACCUGCAGCGACAAGCUGCUCACGCCGGAGCUCAAGCGCAACUGCCGCUCUUGCGAGCGGCGGGCCACCCGGGGCGAGUGCCUCCGCGGCAUUGCGCAGACCUGGAAUAAUGGGGCAGGUGCUGGGAAGCACCCAAGCAUGAGCAUCUCGUGUGUGCUGUGCCCGGCUGCAGACCGCCAGAGCUGCAACUGGCUGAGCUGGAAUGCGAGAGGGGAGAAGGUCCGGGAAGUCAACUACACGCUAGGAAUAAACUGGCCCUACAUGCUGGCCAGCAAAAUCAACCCCAGGGCGUGCAGCCAGACGCGGGAGUACACCGUGCUCAGCUCCCCUGCCGCCUACAGCACAGCCUACUUCACCCUGUCCGCCUCGGGGGCCGACCCCGACCACUCCAACGGCGCAGAGAUCCCCGGCGGCCUGCGCCCGGACAUCUCCUGCCUCGUGCGCUCCCCCAACAACACCUGCUCCAUCGUGUUCCACAACACGCCCGAUGUCCACUUCACGCUCUCCUCCCGAGACAUGUGGACCAAGAACAAAGACAUUGUGCGGCGGCUGAGCGUCAAUGACGACGACUGCCUGUACGACCCAAGGCGGCACUGCCAGCCCGCCGACCCGCCUUUCAAAUACCUCGCGAAGAUCACGGAGCAUCUCUGCCCGCCAGGGGUGAACCCUUCCAAGGUAGUGCGGUACGCCGGCAAGGUGCCGAUGGGACAGCCGGGCUACCUGCUGUACCCCAGCCUCACGCCGCUCAACUACAGAGAGACAGGCUUUUCGCUGAAAGGCCUGUCCAGGGUGGAGUGGAACAUUAACAGCCAGAGUCAGAUGCUGGUGAUGAUUGCUCCGGCAGACGUUGCGCUCUAUGUCUGCCCCCCGGGCACCAAGGUAUGCGAUUAUCGCCGCGUUUGGAAUGUGAGCAAGAAUCGCACGAAGUGCUUUUUCAGUCGCUGCACAGGAGUCUACAAGAAACUGAAGCGAGAGGACACCAUUAUGAUGAUCAGUUAUCUGGUCUACGACAACUUUGAGCAAUAUGAUCCGGACCUGCCAUCGCAAACAGUUGACGUUGACCUGUAUGGGUACCCCGUGUGCGGUGCCCUUGUGGCAGCAGACGGCCAGGGGCUAGGGGUGGGCAGCGGCAGCGGUGGCGGCAGCAGCUCCGCCUCUGCAGCCGCCUAUGCCGAGGGCCACGUGCUGCCUCUGCGUUACGUGGGGCGACAUCACGCCGAGCCGCUGCCGCCUCCACCCGGCAGCAGCGUUGUGGCAGCUGCCGCAGCGGGCAACGUCGUGCCAGACGACGCCGUGGUGCUGUUCUCCAUCCCUGACGGCGGUGCCAGCGUGGAGGAAACUAUAGCGCAGCUGCAGCAGCACCCGGACAUCGACAUCGCAGAGCCCAAUUUCAUCAGGCGCCGCAGCAACGUGGAGGACGGCUUGGGCACCGGCGGCGGCGGCGGCACCGACGAUGGCAUGUGCUCAGCCGCUGCCAACGAUAUGGGCGGCGGCGGCGGCGGCGGCGGCGAUGGCGCUGCCAGCUCCCACUCCGCCGCCGCUCGCCGCCUGGCGGCAGCCGCCCAGCCUGCCUCAGGCCCGCCCAACGAUUUUUUCUACAGCGGUCGACACACGCUGUGGCACCUCAGCCAGGUGCAGGCGCCCGUGGCCUGGCACGCAUCCACCGGCUCCAACCAGGUGCGCGUGUGUGUGAUCGACACCGGCGCCCGCGGCGACCACGAAGACCUGCAGCAGGGGCGGCUGGUCAAGGGGUGGAACAGGGCAUGCCCCACCUGCGCCGAGGGGCGGUGGACGGGGGACAUGCCCGCCCCUGGCACACCCGCGUACUUCAACUUUUCAGACCACAGCGGGCACGGCACCCACACCUCUGGCAUCAUCGGCGCCCUGGCCAACAACCUGCUGGGGGUGGCGGGGGUCGCCUGGAACGUAUCCAUAUACAUGUGUGCUGUGGAGGGGCCUGACAUGCUCUUCUACACCGCCUCCCUGCUUGACUGCUACGCCCUGUGCCAGCAGGAGGGCGCUCGCAUCGUGUCCAACUCAUACGGCAGCGACGGCCCCGAGGGCGCCCCAGGCUACUCCCAGCUGGAGUAUGAGGCCAUCCAGGCGCUGGGCCAGGCGGGCGCCCUGUUUGUGGCCGCGGCAGGCAACGGGGCCAACAACAACGACGAGGUGGCAGUGGGCCGCCGCUUCUACCCGGCCAGCUACCAGCUUGAUACAAUCAUCUCAGUGGCUGCCACCAAAGCAGACGACACGCUGACAAGCUACAGCACCUAUGGCAGGUAUGGAGGCUCCACCGUGCAUCUGGCCGCCCCCGGCACCGUGCUUUCCACCUUCUUCGACAGCCCAUCCAGCUACAAGUACCUGUCCGGUACCAGCAUGUCGUGCCCGCUGGUGGCCGGGGCCGUCGCCCUGCUGCUGGCGCUCAAGCCCAGCGCCGGGCCCCUGGAAAUCAAGCAGGCGCUGCUGUCGUCUGUCGACCCUGUGGCUGCGCUGGCGGGACGCGUCAGCACCGGCGGGCGGCUGAAUGUGGCGGCGGCGGUGGCCGCCCUGCUUGGCAUCCCUGACCCGCCGCCCCGCAUCGCAUUCGGCGACAUGGUGGAGCCGCACACCACAGCCGCCUUCUCCUUCCUCACGCAGAGCCUGUGGCGCCUCACCGACCAGCACGGCACGGACGCAGAGGCGUGUCGGGCCAGUUGCCUGUCCACGAGCUGGUGCUUCCUCUGGCUGGCUGCCCCUAGCCUCAGCGCCAUGUGGGCCCAGCGCAGCGGCAUCACGUACCGCGGCUCCUGCUUCCUGGGGGACGGUACCGUGGUACUGACUGACCUUAACUCCAACGCACCCAACUUCACCGCGGGAUACCGGACGGUGGGCGUGCCGGGGCCCUGGCUGCCGGCGCCGCCGGCGCCCCCGAGGCCGCCGCCGAGGCCGCCGCUGCCGCCACGCCGCCCGCCGUCUCCGCGGCCGCCGCGGUGA